UUGUUAAAAAAUCUAGGAAUGGAAUGCUAUCUAACAAAUUAACUAAGUUGUUAUAGUAUUGAAAGAAGUUUUUCUCCUAUAAAAAAGUGAAAGUGUGAUCUCACCACAAAUAAGUGCGCCUAUGUAGUGGUAAUUAGUUAUAGAAAGUUACAGAGGCGUGCUAUAUAUAGAACAUAACAGGAUAGAAGUGGAGGAUCUAUCCCUUUCGUCGAACAACACAUAGGCACGCACGCGCGCACAUCACUUCUUCUUCACUUUGAUGAGUUUCUGAAAACUGAAAAUCAAACCAAACCAACAUUGUUUUUAAAAUCAAGUUAUUGUUUGGUAUCGUGUGAGAGAAACGCACGCACGCACGCAUGAUGGCGACGAGUAACAACGCGUCAUGCCCAGCACCCAUGAAGGCAACGUCGAAUGGGGCGUUCCAACAUGAGAACCCGCUCGAUUAUGCGCUUCCUCUGUUAAUCCUCCAGAUUUGUUUGGUCGUCUUUUUUACUAGAUUUAUUGCAUUCCUCUGCAGACCCCUCAGACAACCCCGAGUCAUUGCUGAGAUCAUUGGAGGAAUACUACUUGGGCCAUCUGCAAUUGGACGAAAUGAGAAGUUUCUGAACACGGUUUUCCCAAAGAAAAGCAUAACGGUUCUUGACACACUAGGCAACAUUGGUCUUUUGUUUUUCUUGUUUCUAGUUGGUCUUGAGCUUGACAUGCGUGCGAUUCGUCGUACUGGUCACAAGGCCUUAGGCAUUGCCCUUUGUGGAAUCACUGUGCCUUUUGUUCUUGGCAUUGGCACUUCUUUUGCUCUUAGAGCCACCGUGUCCAAAGGUGCUGAGCCAGUUUCCUUUCUUGUCUUCAUGGGUGUUGCACUCUCAAUCACUGCCUUCCCUGUCCUUGCAAGGAUCCUAGCUGAGCUCAAACUCCUCACCACUGAUGUUGGUCGCAUAGCAAUGUCUGCUGCAGCUGUCAAUGAUGUUGCAGCCUGGAUUCUUCUUGCACUUGCCAUAGCCAUUUCUGGUUCUAAUGGAUCCCCCUUAGUUCCUCUCUGGGUCUUGCUCUCUGGUGUUGCUUUUGUUCUCUUUGCUGUAUUUGCCAUUAGGCCAUUGCUUGUAGCUAUGGCUAACCGUUCCCCCGAGGGUGAGCCAGUGAAGGAGGUUUACAUAUGCAUCACAUUGACACUGGUUUUGGCUUGUAGCUUUGUCACUGAUACUAUUGGAAUCCAUGCCCUCUUUGGGGCUUUUGUGCUUGGUACCAUUAUGCCCAAAGAUGGUUCCUUUUCUGGGGUGUUGAUUGAGAAGAUAGAAGACUUGGUGUCUGGCCUUUUCCUGCCACUGUUUUUUGUGUCUAGUGGCUUGAAGACUAAUGUGGCAAGUAUUAGUGGAGGACUUUCUUGGGCAAUGUUGGUGCUUGUUAUAUUCAAUGCUUGCUUUGGGAAGAUUGUUGGCACAAUCGUUGUGUCGUUAAUCUGCAAGGUGCCUUCUCAUGAAGCCGUGGCACUUGGAUUUCUUAUGAACACAAAGGGCUUGGUAGAACUCAUCGUUCUCAACAUAGGGAAGGACCGUAAGGUGUUGAAUGACCAAGCAUUUGCCAUUUGUGUUCUCAUGGCAUUGUUUACCACCUUCAUCACCACCCCAAUAGUAAUGGCUGUUUAUAAACCAGCUCGCAGAGGAGCACCUUACAAACACAAAACAAUUCAGCGCAGAGAUCCUGACACUGAGCUUCGAAUGCUAAUUUGCUUCCACACCUCCCGCAACAUCCCCACGUUAAUCAAUCUCAUAGAGUCUUCCCGCGGAAUUCGAAAGAGAGGAAAGCUUUGCAUAUAUGCAAUGCACCUGGUGGAACUCUCAGAGCGAUCUUCAGCAAUCACAAUGGUUCACAAGGCACGUAGGAAUGGCAUGCCCUUUUGGAACAAGAAACAGGAUGACAAAGAUCAAAUGAUCAUUGCUUUUCAGGCUUAUGAGAAACUAAGCAGUGUCAAUGUGCGCCCCAUGACAGCCAUCUCUGCUCUCAAUAGCAUCCAUGAGGAUAUUUGUACUAGUGCCCACCGAAAAUGUGCAGCCAUGAUUAUCCUUCCAUUCCACAAACAUCAACGUGUGGAUGGAUCAAUGGAGUCACUAGGACAUUCAUUCCAUGUGAUGAAUCAGCUUGUGCUAAGCCAUGCUCCUUGCUCAGUGGGUAUUUUGGUUGAUCGAGGUUUUGGAGGGACAAGCCAAGUCCCAGCUAGUGAUGUGUCUUAUAAGGUUGUUGUGCCCUUCUUUGGAGGACGUGAUGAUCGUGAAGCACUUUGUUAUGGUAUGAGAAUGGCUGAGCACCCGGGGAUUUUGCUCAAUGUGGUUAAGUUUAUGCCUCCACCUGGGACAUCAUUGGCCUUUGGUGCUAAAUUGGUUGGGGUGUCAUCAAACAAGGACAAGAAAGCAUUCGAAGUGGUUGGUGGCAAUUAUUAUGAUGAUAAACAACAAGAUGAUCAAUUGUGGAGUGAGUUUUUAAGUGCAUGCAACAACAACAACCAAGAGUCAAUGAAGCAUGAGCAAAAACUGGUGGCAAGCAAAGGUGAUAUUGAAGCAGCAUUAAAGGAAAUGAAUAGGAGCAAUCUAAUAUUGGUUGGUAGAAUGCCAUCAGUAGCACCUUUGAUUAGCAGAAGUGAUUGUCCAGAACUUGGACCUGUUGGAAGCUACAUGGCUUCUUCAGAUUUCUCCAAUGUUACAUCAGUUAUGGUAAUUCAGCAAUAUAAUCCUUCAACUGACAUUCAUCCACUAGUUAUGGAGGAAUCUGAUUACCCAGAUAUGCCAGACACACCAACGAGUUAAUGUUGCUUUAAAGCUGGAGGAGUUGUCUACUGGUUAUAACUUACAAAUGAGUUGGAUGCUCAUCAGAAUUUAGUCCUUGUGCGAAAAAAUUAUAGGCAUAGAUUUCAUCUAAGUGCAUAUCCUUUUAGAUGAAUGAUUUUUGGAUGUUUUAUGUUAGCAAGACUAGCAGAAACAUUUAUAAGAGUAUUUGACAAGGGAAAAAAAUCGUACAUGGUAUCAUAAUUCUUGAAAGAUAGGACUCUUGGUGAUUAUUCAUGAUUCACGGUAUCAUAAUUCUUGUGAAUAAACAAAACUUAUUUAUUUAACUAUAAAUAUUUUUGAGAA